CUGAAAGAGUCUGAGAUACUCUCGCGGCCGCUGCCAAGCUCUUCAGCCAAGCUGCAAAAGGAACGACAGCGUGAUGUUCCAGUAUCUUCUGCUUAGCGUCCUAGCAACAGCCGCUUUCGCAGGUGACGACGAUGAUACAACCAGGUACAUGGAUAAUGUAUUGAAGAACUACCUGCCCGAAAAUAUGAAACGCAAUCAGCUGGAAUACGCCCGGUUGCCCCCAUUCAACGUCAGGAUGGGGGAAGACGCGGAGCCUUUCGUAUUCGGCAAAGGCCUCCUUUUUGACCUCAUGGGGCGAUUGCAGCGCGACGGGAACUGUAGCCCUUCACAGUGGUACUUAGCGAAUGUGACCUUCGGCUGCUACCUGGCCACUGAUGACCUCCGUGCUCACUACGACGUGUCUUCUGAAAAGGAGGAGGACAAGAAACUUUUCUCGGCUGACUUGCUGACGGAGAACACCACCAUAUGGGUCGUGGUCACCCAAAGGAAACCGAAACCAGUGCACGUGAACGUGGACGUGCACCGUCUUGGAGUCACCCUCCACCUCUCCAAGAAGCCGGACCUGGACGAGGAAAAGUUGAAGUGGUUCAUAAAUACUGUGAAGAGCGCUGUAAAGCAAAGGAUCACCGACGUGCUAACCGGUCCCUUUAGGACGGCGCUGGAACAGUCAGUCGAGACUUUGCCGAUACCACUCCCUUCAUUACGCUGAAAAAAAUAAACUUUACUGAUAACGUACAAUCACA